AUGGAGUCGCUGAAGGGGAAAACGCGAGGAGAGGACUUGUAUGAACAGGUGUCCGCUGUCAUCGAGAGAAGGAAUCUACCAUGGAGUAAACUGGCUAACGUCACCACGGAUGGAUCGCCAAAUUUAACUGGAAAAAACGUCGGGCUGCUUAAAAGAAUUCAGGAUAAAGUGAAAGAGGAAAACCCUGCGCAGAAUGUUGUUUUCCUUCACUGCAUCAUUCACCAGGAGUCUCUGUGUAAGUCUAUAUUGCAGCUUAAUCAUGUUGUGGAUCCAGUUGUUAAACUUGUAAAUUUCAUACGUGCAAGAGGCCUUAAUCAUCGUCAGUUCGUUACGUUCUUAGAGGAAACCGAUGCGGCUCAUCAGGACCUACUUUACCACUCCCGUGUCCGCUGGUUAAGUUUGGGGAAAGUGUUGCAACGCGUGUGGGAGCUCAAAGAGGAGAUAAGCUCGUUUUUGGAGUUAAAGGAAAAAUCCGAAGAAUUUCCCGAGCUGAGUGACGAGAACUGGCUUUGUGACUUUGCGUUUGCUGUGGACAUUUUCUCACACUUGAAUGAGCUGAACGUGAAGCUACAGGGGAAAGAUCAGUUUGUACAUAACCUGUACACAAAUGUGACAGCCUUCAAAUCCAAGCUGAUUUUAUUCUCCAGACAAAUGUCAAACAAAUCUUUCACUCAUUUCCCCACACUAGCCACGCAGAAAGAGGCCACCCGAAACACGAAGAAAUACUGCAAAUCACUGGAUGACCUGCAGAGAGAAUUCCGCCGUAGGUUCUCUGAUUUUGAAAAAAAUGACAAGUCACUCCAGCUGGUGUCCUGUCCCCUGUCACAAGACCCUGACACCGCACCGCAGGAGCUGCAAUUGGAACUGAUCGAUCUUCAGUCCGACUCUGCCUCCAAGGAGAACUUCAAGUCUCUUAAACUGACUGACUUUUACGCUUCACUUAACAAAGCCACGUUUCCAAACCUGCUGAGAUUGGCACAGGAGAUGAUAGUGUUGUUUGGCUCAACAUACGUGUGUGAGCAGACGUUCAGCGUCAUGAACAUCAACAAAGCUCGUCACAGAUCCAAGUUAACGGACCAACAUCUCAGAUCUAUCUUGAGAAUUGCCACAACAAAACUAGCCCCAGACUUUGAUGCACUGGCUAAGAAGGGAGACCAACAAUACUGUUCCCACCCCACUGUGGUGAGUUUUUCUACUGUGUCAUGA